AUAUUCUAUGGCAAAGAUGUGCAAAUAAUGUAUGAUCCAAGUAUAUAACUUCAAAGGAGACUAGACAUAUUCAUUAAAUGACCGUUCCCGUAUGACUGUAUACUUUCUUUUAUACGUUUUAGCAAAAAGUACUCCACAAAGCAAAUAUGUCAUUAUGCUCUUAAUAAUUUAGGGAAACGAUUAAACGUGUUAAACUUACAAUGUUUCGCUGUUUAAAAGUAGUUGUCCAGUAAUGACGGAAUGAGUCCUAAACAUGGAUAAAAUCUAAAUUGUGUGGAAACAUAGUUUUUAAAUGUGCAAAUAAUGUCAUUUAUUUAAAAUGUGUUUAUUAUUAUAAAACAAAUGUCUAAAUAGAUAGUCAAAUACAAUGAAUAUUAGAAAUUAUGUUUUCAUAAAUCAACUAGUUCUUAAAUUUGUUGGACUUUAUCCAAUAAGUAUUGUGAGAUAUGUUAUAUGUAUUAGUUGUAUUAUGCUUAUUAUUAUACCACAAAUAACGAUGAUUUGUACAAAUUGGAAUGACUUAAACAUUGUUAUGGAAAUAGGCUCAACUUUACUAACAAUUUCGCUUGCUAUGUUAAAAUCAGCAAUUUGGAUGUUCAAUAGAAAGAAUUUAGAGCUUUUUAUUGAAUUCAUGUUAACAGAUUACUGGAAAAUAAUUGAAGCUAAUGUUUUUGAAUACUUACAAAAAUAUGCAUUAUAUGCUAAAACCAUUACCAAAGGAUAUCUCAUUUCUAUGUGUAAUGCCUUAUUAUUUUUCUUUAGUUUACCUAUUAUCGAAAUAUUAAUUACAAAGCAUAAAGAUUCAGAUAAUUUUACUGUGAACUUUCCAUUUGCUGCAUCAUAUCCUGUGGCUUUUUAUAAAUUUCCCUUGUAUGAGAUUGCAUAUGCGUCUCAAAUAUUGGCAACAAGUAUUUGUUGUUUAGUCAUGCUUGCAACUGAUGGUCUAAUUGCAACUGCUCUACUUCAUACAUGCGGACAUUUUGCGGUACUUAGAAAAAAUGUAAAACAACUCGAUUCAUACAUCUAUCGUGUAUGUAUUAUAUUCUACUAUAUAUAUGUAUAUAAUUGUAAUGUUAUUUAUUUUAAAAUAAUCCAAUUAUUGCAGAUAACUAGUUUAAAGACUAAUUCAGAACACAUAAAUGCAAAUUUAUACGAAAUCAAAAUUCAAAUAAUACAUGUAAUCAAACAUCAUCAAGUAGUGCUUUGGUUUUGCGACAAUAUGGAAAAAAAUUUCCAUCUAAUACUCUUUUUACAAGCAAUGAUCAGUAGUCUCCUAAUUUGUUUCGUUGGAUUUCAGGUUUCUGCAACGUUAAUGGAACAGUCUAAAAUGAUUAAGUUUGCUUCUCAUUUAAUCGUGGCAUUUUUUCAAUUAUUACUUUUCUGUUUUCCUGGAGACAUGUUAAUACGAGAGAGUUUCAGUAUAAGCACAGCUGUAUAUUCCAUACAAUGGUCUCAAUUAGCAACUUUUGUUAAAGAUGAACUGUGUAUGAUCAUUGUGCGUUCUCAAAGACCUAGUUAUAUUACAGCAGGAAAAUUAUACAUAAUGCAUUUGGAAAAUUUUACAGCGAUACUCAGUACUGCAUUUUCAUAUUUUAUGAUGCUUCAGAGCUUCAAUUCAGAAUCUUAGUCUAGGAACUGGUUUGUAUAGUUUCAAUUUACUAAUAAUCAGUUGAUGUAUAAACAUUAAAUUAUUAAAUACUUAAUAAAUCACAAUAUUCUUUACAUGUAUGCGCCCCAUCCAAAGUACAUUUGACAAAGAUUAUCUACAUUAGUUGCUUCUAAAAUCAACUGAUUAGUUUGUCCCUCAACACUAAGAUUUAAAGCAAUGUUCUCUAAUUUUUUUCCAUGAUAUCGAAUUAAACCUUUGAGUCGUUGUUCUAUAUUUUUUAUAUGUUCCACAGCCUAAAAUUUUAAUUUUGUAUUUUAUGUUCCAUUUAUAUUAACAAUUUAUUGCAUUAUUAAUAUAUUAUAUUAUGGCUUACUUUUUCAUUUGUUUUCUCACCACCUUCACUAAUAUGAUUCUUAUUCCAGCUUACAAGUGGAUCAUAUACAAAUGGUGUUAAUACACUUAAUAAUGUGCUACUUUGUUGUCGGAGAACCCUCAUAGUUAUUUCACAAGCGCGCCUAAACGGUCCCUCAAUUUUUAAUGGUCCCAUAGCAUCUACCAUAUUAUGCGUUAAACGAAAUGGUACACGUUCUGGCCACUCAAACAAUUCUCCCUGAUAAUUGAAAUAUUUUUGAAUUAUUACAAUACUUAUGUAAACUACUUAGUCAUGUUUUGUCUUACUAGAUAUUAAAACAAAGAAUAAAUGUGAAGCAUUUAAAUUAUAUUGUGGUUUUAAUUUAUGAAUAAAUCUUUUACAUACCCUAUUAAACAAACAAUUAAAAUCUACGUGUACACAAUCUCCACAUUUAGAAUCAAAUAAUAUAUUUUCUCCAUGACGAUCUCCAAGGCCAAGAAUAUAUCCCACCAUAGACAUUACUGCUGUAGUUCUAAUAUAGGCA